ACGUGACCGGGCGUUCCAAGAUGGCGACUGGUACUUUCGCUGCUUAGCUAACUCCGCUGUUUACAAAAUCAUCACAACAUGGCUAAUGAGGGCCUUUCGACACUUCCUUAAUAAUUCCACUUUUUUUACUGCCAUGAAGUGAAGAAAUACACGGCGUUUUGUGGCAAAGACGAAAUAUUUAGAGGAAUGGUCGUCAUAUUGUAGAACAGGACCCAGCAAUGGCGUUAAGAGAGUUAAAAGUUUGUCUUUUGGGGGACACUGGAGUUGGCAAGUCAAGUAUCGUGUGGAGGUUUGUGGAGGACAGUUUCGACCCAAACAUCAACCCAACUAUUGGGGCUUCUUUUAUGACCAAGACGGUGCAAUACCAAAACGAGCUGCACAAGUUCCUGAUUUGGGACACGGCAGGACAGGAGCGGUUCCGAGCUCUGGCGCCAAUGUACUACAGAGGUUCUGCAGCGGCCAUCAUUGUUUAUGACAUCACAAAAGAGGAGUCCUUCCAGACUUUGAAGAACUGGGUGAAGGAGCUGCGUCAGCAUGGUCCUCCUAAUAUCGUAGUGGCCGUCGCUGGCAACAAAUGUGAUUUGUCAGACGCCAGGGAAGUCUUGGAGAAGGACGCCAAGGACUAUGCCGACUCCAUCCAUGCCAUAUUUGUAGAGACCAGUGCCAAGAAUGCCAUUAACAUCAACGAGGUGUUUAUAGAGAUAAGUAGACGCAUCCCAGUUGCGGACGAGGUGGGGGGAGCGUCGGGGAAAGGUUUCAAACUGGGGCGGCAAGCAUCGGAGUCUCGCAGGACGUGCUGCUGAUGUCGGGUGACUUAUCCCCAAUGGUGACCCGUGUCACUUGACCUUUGCUUCACCUCAUUUCUCCGUCCUUUUAAUCACACACACACACAAGCAUGCGAUUUAUAAAAUAAAUACAUCAAAAAAAGUUGGCGGAAGUGAAAGAAGAAAACCUACACAUAUUGUACAAUAUGCAGACUUGUGGAUGAGAAGUUGUAAUCUUUAUUUUUGAUAGCUCUUUUCAUAACUUUCAAUGCAGUGUGUGUGCAAUCAGUAAUUUGGUGUUAUGGAUUCCUCUUGUUUGAAAAAGGUGGGUGUAAACCCACAGUACUAAAAAAAAAAUGACUUAAGAAGGUAUGAGGCAUUUGGCCCUUUUAUAAUAUGCAGAGUUUUUAUAUUGUGUCUUGCAUCGAUGUUUAGCUCGUAAGCACAAUAUGAUUGAAAGUAAUCGGCUUUUUGUGGUGACAAACUGACACGUCUCUGUAGACGCUAACUCUGUUUGUGGUCCCCGCACUUUGCGUGCACUUUGUAACAAUGUAGAGUCUUCACUUUCUAUAGUUUGGUGCAGUGAGGAACAAUAAGAAGAAGCUACACAAAAACACUUUGACCCCAGGACAAACCUCCGCUCUAAACUGCUUUUUCUGAUUGUACAACAUUGGAGUAUUUCGGUAACCUGUACACGUUGAACUUGAUAGGGAACCUCAAACGCAUCACGUUCUUUGCCGCAGUCUUCUUCAUGAUGCAAGAGUUGUCUUUACGACAGAUGCUAACACGUAACAGGGUAAUAUUACAGGGGAAGUGCACUUUUUUUUUUAAAUGUUGCCUAUCGUCCACAACCAUGAGAGACAAGAACACGCAUGUCUUUUUUUUAGGAUUCUGAAGAUGAUAAAAGACGCUUGCAAAGAUGCAGCUAAUGGAAGUCACCAUUUUAGCCUUCAAAGCCCUCUAAAACAACUUCAAAACCCUCAUUCAAAACGUUUUAUAUACACACUGCAGGCCAAUGUAUAAUUUAGUAACAGACACGUUCAUAACGGUAUGUAAUAUGUUCAAUAUUUACUGUAUUUUGAUCAUUUUAUGCAUUAGGGAAACUUAUUCCCUUUGCUCAUUUAUUAUCGUUCCCAUAGCAACACAAUUCCAGCAACAAAUCUAUGUUCCUACUUCUGGAAACAAACGCGAGUGUGUUCUAAUCAUGGCAGACUUGGUAACAGACGUAGAAGAUGACAAUUUUUUUUUAGACAAAUGAGGAUUUACAUCCUUAUCUUUUUGAAGCUGAAUAUACAGAGGAUGAACUGCUGGUGAGGUUAGCGUGACUUCCAUCCAUCCAUCCAUCCAUUUCCUACCGCUUGUCCCUUUAGGGGUCACGCGGGUGAGGUGCUCAAGCCUAUCUCAGCUGCAUUCGGGCAGAAGGCGAUUUACAUCCUGGACAAGUCGCCAUCUCAUUGCAUGGCCAACACAGAUAGACAGACAACAUUCACACUAACAUUCACACACUAGCGUGACUUGACGGUGUAAAUGUGGAAUUUGGAGCCAAGCUACUUUGACAUAAAUGGAGUGUUUACCCAAAACAAACCUGAAAAAAAUGUUCUCUGUCAGCUUGACCAAGAGGACAUCUGUCCAUCAAGUGAGUCACGCAGCUCAUCAUGUGUGUUAGUACAACUACAAUACAUACACUGUCGAGCUAGCUGUGUACAAACAAAACUUGAAAAGUGGGCUAAUACUUUACUGAUACUGUAAUAUGAUUGUUCAUGUUUUUCAGUCAGUACAGAUCAGUGUCCUGUCGCAUUGUGUUGUGCAUUACAAACUCAAAAGCCGUUCAGCUUAUCGUAGCAUGCCGUCGUAAGGCGAUGUGUUCCUACGCUAGAAAAACAGUCCCUCAAUUUGGUUAUUAUACAAGUUACGGAAUGUAAAUGGGGUGGCGGUUUUUAGAUGCAUUUUUAAAGUGAUUUAGAGGCAGAAUGGAUUGUUCUCAUGAACUGCAUUGCUAGUCAUCUAGAAAGAGCCUAUUGUCACAAGUUAGAAUGCAAAAAAAAACCCCAAACCUUUUGUCUUCUUGUUUCGCUUAAAGAUCGUGAACAAUAGGCAAAAUUAAAAAAAUAAGUGCAGUUCCCCUUUAGGAUUUCUUGUCACUGUGGUAAAUAGUUAAAAAAGAACUGCUCUUUAAAAAAAUGUGCCUAUUGUUCAGAAUCCUUAUGAAAGACAAGAACACAUGUUUUUUUUUGUUGUUGUUUUUUUAUAUUCUAAUUUUUAAUAAUUUUCUCAUUCUAGGUCCCUAGCAUUUGUGCUAAUAUGUGUAAUUAAUUUAGCCUCUAAAUCACUAUAAAUGCACCCAAACAGCGCUAAAUAUGCUCAAUUUACAUCACAUGACCUGAAUAUUGACCAAAUAUAAGCAAUAUUGUUCGUAUCAGGCAUAUGAAAUCCGCAUUUUUAAGCAUUAAUUUUUACGUCAAAAUAUCACUUCCGUGUUUUAUUCAUCAAUAAAAAUAGGAUGUAAAUAAAAUGUGUUGAACGCAUUUGAGGACAUGUAAGUUGGUAGAUGAGAAGGAUUAUAAAGGUAAAAUAUAGUGGAUAAAUCAGGGGUCCCCAAACUACGGGAAGUCCCAUGAUAAAAAAAUAAUAAUAAUAUUUAUUUUUUUCAAAUCUAUCCUUUUUCUAAUCCAUUUUCUACCGCUUGUUACUCUCAGAGUCUCCUAGCCGCUUAGGCAAAUCACAUUGUCUAAAAGUACAUUUUCCAAUUAAUGACGUGAUAUCAUAUCAUAUCAUAUAUAUAUAUAUAUAUAUAUAUAUAUAUAUAUAUAUAUAAAACAGCCCGGCCCGAGGCCAAAUUAUUUUAACCCAAUGCGGCCCCCAGGUCAAAAAGUUUGGGGACCCCUGGUAUAAAUACACUCCAUUGCAGGAAAUGUAGUGUUCAUUUUCAAUAUUUUCUUCCAGGGUUUGCGUGUUAGCACUUCCUACAGAUAGAAAUGUUCCUUUUUUGAUCUCAAACAGACAAACUAUUUUCAGCCGCGCUGUGAUCACAGAGAGCUAACUCGCUUGUGCAGCCACAUUUUUGACAUACUGACCUGCUGCAUCAUGAUCGCCUGUUAGUUGGGGAAAGUUAAUUCUAUAUUAUGAAACAUGCAUCUCACCUGGAUAUUAGAAGGUUGUGGACAUAAACCGAGAAGUUGGUCAACUUUGACAUUCAAUUUAGACCCGAAGAUGGCGAGGAAGACACAAAAUGACCAUCUUUUUUUUUAACUCUUCACAAGGAUAAUGAUUAAUUCUUCAUCUAAACUGGAAGAUAGAAACAUCCCACCAGUCGGCAUUCCAGUCAGAGCAGACUUUGUGCAGUAAGUGAUUAUUUUAAUAUGUGUGUGUCUCAUGAAGUACGCCAUAAUUGGUCGCGUUGUUGAAGGGAAAAGUGAAAGUUGUGAAUCCCUCUGUGAGGAAAUAGGUAUCUAUAACAUGUUAUUAUAAACGUCACUACAUUGUGUAUAUAAAACGUUGGGAGGUUUUUGGAUUUGUUUCGAGCGCUUUAUUGGCGACUCCCUUUGACUCCAUUGUAAGCUGACUUUUAUUUAUGAGUUAGAAUGCAUUAAAAAAAAGGACAAAUCUGUUGUGUCAUGUAAGGGUCGUCAAUGAUAGGCAAAAGUUUGUCCAGUUAAAACACAUUUCCUGCGGUCAUGGAUUAGGACAGCAGCAAGUAUGUUUGUGUUGACUAUAACUUUUAGGGCCUUUUCAAUCCCUUCUGCUUCUUUAAUUUCUUCUUUAAAAUCACACACUGACACAUUUUCAUAGACACGUCUGGGUUAUUUGUUAUUAUGGGUCAGGCUUGCUCGCUCCUACACGUGAUAAAAAGUGCCAUGUUUAAAGCCAUUUUUAAUGAAUGAACAUUGUGUGUGUAAUAUAAUGACUUGUUGGAUUGUGCAGGCCGGUUUUCAACACAAAACAUUUGCUUUGUUUGCCAGUGUUUCAGUAAAUAAAAUGCCAAUAGUCUUGGGCUGGACCUGGGAACGCGAUUGGUCAAUGUUAUGUAUAUCUGACAGCGUUACAUGACAUUACACUUCACAAAAGUCCACGACUAUAUUCAGCAUUAAUCAAAACAGCGUCUACAUUUUCGGUAAUAUCAGCACUGUGGUAGAUAUAUUUAGCUUUUUAAAAUGUUUAAUUAUGGAAUGCCUUUGAAAGCACUUGGCAGUCUAAUUCCAGACGUGUGAAAAAGGGAUUCGUCAGUUUCUUUACCAAUAAAAGAAUGACAAAAAAAAACA